UACCGGCUGACUCAGUGAAAGAAGAUGUCGAAAAUAAAUUCACGGUUCAUCGAUUGCUUUCCCUCUUCGUCUUGUUUUUUUCCGAUCGGAUAAAGAAUGGGGUACGACGUUGCUAAAGGCGAGGAAUUCGAGCGCAAAGCUGAGAAGAAAAUUAAAGGAUGGGGCAUGUUUGGCUCCAAAUAUGAAGACGCUGCCGAUCUCUAUCAAAAAGCAGCCAAUUCCUACAAACUCUCAAAAUCAUGGGACAGAGCAGCUUCAGCUUACAUCAAACUGGCUAGCUGUAAUUUGAAGUCAGACAGCAAGCACGAAGCUGCAACUGCUUACGUCGAUAGUGCAAAUUGCUACAAGAAAAUUUCUCCCAAACAGGCUAUAUCGUGUUUAGACCAAGCAGUAAAUUUGCUUUUGGAGAUAAAUCGACUCAAUAUGGCUGCAAAGUACUGCAAGGAUAUUGGUGAUUUGUGCGAGCAAGAGAAGAAUAUGGAUCAGGCAAUAACUUAUUUUGAGCGCGCUGCUGACCUUUAUCAGAUCGAGGAAGCUAACACUACGUCGAGUCAGUGCAGGCAAAAGGUUGCGGAAUUUUCAGCACAGUUAGGGAAGUACCAUACAGCUGCUGAAAUAUAUGAACAGGUAGCUGGCUACGCUUUGAGCAAUAAUUUACUGAAGUAUGGAGCUCGAGGACAUCUUCUUAAUGCCGGGAUUUGCCAACUAUGUAAAGGAGAUAUUGUAGCCAUCAACAAUGCAUUAGAAAGAUAUCAGGACCUGGAUCCUACAUUUUCAAGGACCCGAGAGUGCAGGCUUUUAUCUAAUUUGGCAGUCGCAUUUGAUGAGGAAGAUGCAGCAAAGUUCACUAUCGCAGUCAAGGAGUUUGACAGCAUAACCAAACUGGAUUCUUGGAAGACGACACUCCUCUUGAGGGUGAAGGAACAUAUAAAGGAGAAAGAACUCGAGGAGGAUGACCUGACUUAAGCAGCAUUUGGCUCUGCAAAAUGCGAAUUCGUUUUUCGUUUACACCAUUAAUCAGCUUGCUGGUAUAGCUGCCUAAUAUAAAUGAUAAGAGUUUUACAUAAAUAGAUUUAGCUAUAGACGCAAUAUAAAUGAUAAACUAGUUAAGAAAUAUGCACAUUUAUUGUUUGUGCGAUUGUGGUUAUCUCUACUAUAUAGAUUGUGGGAAUAAUAUCUGCGGCUACAUCCAUUUACAUAGUAAUGGUUCUAUUUUAUUUUGUUCUGAA